GAAACUUAGCACGAAGCUUUCAGUUUUGACAACAAAACUAAACAUAUAAAUAUAAUUAUAACCCUUUGUUUAUUUUUAACCAACCCCAUGAAAAACACAAACCACGACUAGAAUUAGAAACAAUUAUGGAAGAGGUAAUAAAUUCGAUUCGACGCGCUUGUGUACUGGCCCAAAACCUUGAACAAGACCUACCCAACUUGGCGAACCAACCAGCUAUGCUGUCCUUGUCCAUUGAUCAGAUAACUGAGGCUUUCAGUGGUGCCAAGGAAAAGAUGUUAUUAUUCUCCCGACAGAACCAAACCUCGGACGAAUCUCCUCCGACGUUGGUUCAUGAAACGACCACACAGCAGUCUCAGAUGGAUGCUAGUCUAAUGCAGGAAUGGCUAAGGUCUAGUCAUGCACUGACAAUGGAUCAGUUGUUUCAAAUGCAUCAGUUUCAUGCUGCAAGGAGCACGCUGCAGCAGAUUGGUGAAAUGGGAGGGAAAGAUGGGGAAGAUUCUGAGAGAAACAAGGGAUCUGAAGGGGAAGUGCAGGGAAUCCACGCGUCACCCUCGCGGCCACGAAAAAGAAGCAGGGAAGCUAAUCAAGAGAAGAGAAAAGUGAUGGUUCCUGCCCCACAGUUUGGAAACACGGAGGUGCCACCAGAGGAUGGCUACACUUGGAGGAAAUAUGGCCAGAAAGAAAUACUUGGCUCCAAGUACCCAAGGAGUUACUACAGGUGCACACACCAAAAGUUAUAUGAAUGCCAAGCCAAGAAGCAAGUGCAAAGACUUGAUCACAACCCUAACAUAUUCGAAGUAACAUAUAGAGGAAACCACACAUGCCACAUGUCCUCCACAGCACCAUCAUCAGUUCCACCACAACAACUACUGGUGGACAUAUCACAAAAUAAUAGUAGCACCAUUUCCUCUCAGUUGUCUCCUACAAUGAACCUCAGCCUCCACCCUGGUGGCGGAGGCGCCGCCAGCAGUGGCAGUGGUGGAGCCUCCACUUCAAGAUACGGUGGUGAUUAUCCUGUGGUGGAUAUGGCUGAUGCUAUGUUCAACUCUGGUAGCAGCAGUGGUAACAACAGCAUGGAAUUUCUCUUCUCUCCCGCUGAGAUAAAAGUGAUCCAAAAAUUGAAUAGAACAAGAGAUGAAGAUUAGUUUGGCUGCUUAAAAAGGGGAAACAUUACACCAGGAAGCAGAAUAUAUAUAAUUUUACAGAGAAUUAUAUAAUUGGUUAAUCCAAUUAUAUAAUCAACAAAUAAUGAAUUAGUGUAUAACUUCAGUACGUGAUGACUUAUUACUAGAAAAUGAUUUUUGAUGUGUAACAUUUUUCUUUUUAAAUUAACGGGUUUUUUUUAUUAUCUCUGGCGAGGGAGUGGCGAGCAGAAAAGGGGCUCAACCUAGUCCUAUGUUAACCAAAGUUUUCUUUUCAUUUUUUUCUUUUGGAAAUUUUUUGAAUGAGGUUGCUAAUGGGAAAGUGUGUUUCUUGGGUUUCAACUUUCUAAGUGUUAGGACAAGUAGGUUAGAGCAUCUCUUGUGUAACAAGUUGAAGAUUUGGUUAUAGCUUCAUAGUUUUUCUUU